CUUAUAUGGGGUUAAGUCAUUCUGCGUGACUUUACCCAGUAAUUUCCCGCAGUACGUGGGAUGCCAGCAUAAUGACACCCGUGAGUGGGAAAAUAACACAACAUCAGUGGAUGCUCGAGCACGCGUCUGUCUGAAAUAUUACUGCGCGCGGCCGCCAAACAAACUACUCAUACUGAGAAUUCAAACACAGACGGCGGAACGGUCGCUUGUUCUUUCGUUGCACGAAAAUAUAAAAAAUAGAAGUGCUGCUGUGUUCCCGGCCGCCCAGACUGAGGUGGAAAGUUGAGGAGAGUUAGUUUGAGAGUUUAGGAUUGGAAAGACGACUCACAGGUGAAUUGAGUUUCCAUACUUCGUCUUUGACAGCACUUUAAAUUAGAAAGUUAGGAAGAAAUCUUAAAAAUAUUAAAACAGUUGAUGCAAGUACUUUAACGUUAGUUCUGGGAAAGGCGAGGUAGUAAGGAUAUUCCACACAUUAUAAAGCAUGCUGGAAGUUCUUCAGUUUCUAACUUUAUCUGACAGGAGAAAUAAACGGUCUUUCAAAGAAAACCACGAUGUGUGAAGCGGCGGAUCCGCUUAGCAACUCUCUCAUCAUAAGCCGCUCAUAGGCGCCGUCUGCUGUCCGAAAGCGGUAGUGCAGCGCGGGAAAAAUGGAUAAUGAGCUUGAGCCAGAUAUGAAUUUGGAUAUAGUUAGCCACUACAACCACUCCGGUAAGUGGGGCAGACCAAGAAGCACAGGCACGUGCAAAAAAGCCUUGCUAAUUUUCAUCUGUGUACUAAUAGUGUUGGAAAACGUAACUGUGUUAUUGGCACUGUGGCGCAACAAGCGUUUCCACAGCCGCAUGUAUUUUCUCAUUGGCAACCUGGCAUUGUCGGACUUGUUGGCCGGAGUUGCUUAUGUAGUCAACAUUUUCACCUCUGGUCGCAACACCUUUUUUCUCACUCCUAACCAAUGGCUGUUGCGGGAGGGAAGCAUGUUUGUGGCCCUUAGCGCCUCAACGUUCAGCUUGCUUGCUAUCGGGAUUGAGCGGCACAUGACGAUGGUACGCCUGCGGCCGUGUGAGGCCGCCAGCAUAGGGAGGCUUCUAGCCCUCCUGGGAGCCUGCUGGGCCGUUUCGAUAUUUCUAAGCGCCUUGCCCAGUCUGGGCUGGAACUGUUUGGGCAAAAUGCACACCUGCUCUACUGUUCUGCCGCUCUAUGACAAAAGCUACAUAGCAUUUUGCAUCAGCGUCUUUACGGCCCUACUAGCAGCCAUUGUGGUGCUGUACGUACGUAUUUACCAGCUGGUGACAUCGAGCGGGCGGAGGGUGAGCUCCCGGCCGUCGGAUCGCUCGCUCGCCCUUCUACGCACGGUGGUGAUAGUACUGGGAGUUUUUGUGCUUUGCUGGGCUCCUCUUUUCUUAUUGUUGCUGUUGGAUGUGGGCUGCAGCCCAAAGCGGUGCCCAGUUCUCUACCAGGUGGACUGGUUCAUCGCCCUGGCGGUGCUCAACUCCUCCCUGAACCCUCUCAUUUACACGCUGUCUAGCCGGGAGAUGCGGGCGGCGUUCUUUCGCGUCCUGUGCUGCUGUUUCUAUAACACGCCUCUAGACUCCAUGCCCACAGCAGCAGGCGCGAUGCUCCCGGGAAUAGUCAUCCACACUGCAGAAAACAGCAAAUCCAGCAUGGCGGGGGCACAGAGCGGUGUGGCCAAAUCUACCCUGAUGAGAAGUAAAGUGCCCACACCAACAAACUCAAACCACCAGCAUGGGGACACACCAACACCCGUAUACACAAUCGACAGGGCCGGGUGACCUGCUGUCUGCUGUGCUGAUGAAAGCAGGCGCACUUCCUUCGUUGGGAAAGUUCUGAACAUAUUUUACAGGAUGCUACAGUCUCGCUUGUGAUGAAUUCUCUGUAGGCUCUAUGAGCAUUACAAAACCUGGAUUUGCUUUCAUACAAAGACCAUCACUUGACACAUUGAUUUUAAAUGGAUUACGGACCCCAUCAAAGCUUAUCUGAACAUUUGCGGACCAAACUGAAUUUAUAUCUACGUGUAUUAAUAUUUAUGAAACUCUGCUCUGUGCACAAAAGGCCACUGAAGAAUAUAAUCACUCAAAAAAGGUGUGCAAUCUUUUCGGAAUAAUCACACGAAGACUGUAUAUAUAAAGUGUAUAUUACGACUGACCUUUUACCUAUUUUCACAGUUUGUUGCCAACAUACAAAACAGUUUGGUAUUCUUAACCAUUAUAAAGGUUCUAUAAAAGAAAUAGGGUGUUUUGAAGAAUGAUGGACUGAAUGGAAAUUUACGGUUUAUAAUCUGUGGAUCGGUUGACAUGACAUUGAAAUGUUUCUGAUACAAUAUAUACAAUGGAAACACUGUGAAUGUGAUGAACUUCUGAUUGUGUUUAUCAUUGGUCAUUUAGAUAAUUUAAGCUAAAGCAUGCGCUAGAGAUUACAGUAUGUUAAAGAAAAAAAGUUUAGUUUUGUUUUGGCUGGCAAGGCUGUUAACAUUGUUCAGAUGGGUUUUUGCAUGUAACCACUAGAGGGAGCUGUAGCAUCACAUUGAAAUGGACAACACUGCAGAUCAAAUGUGGAGGCAAUUUUGUGUGCACAAUCAUUCAUCUAUGAAUUCAAUCUAAGGCACUUGUUGGAUAAAACAAAGUACCCCAUAAUAAACGGCUUUGGCUGCAAAACGAUCAUGAUCAAUGGCCGUAAACAGCUGUGUGCAAAUGUAGUUUAGAUGAUCAAAGUCAACUGGGAAUAAUGCUUCUAAUACUAGUUACUUGUUAGUCUUACUUUCUCAGAAUUGAACUUCGUACAACUUAUUGUAUUAAAAAUUAAGGUAACACUGAAAACAUUGUGAAAACAAGUGACAUUUAGUUGAGAUUUUUUUAGAAAUAGAAUUUGACAGGUGUGACAUUUCAAGUAAUUCGCCAUCUUAAGCUGUAGUCUCUCUCUCGCUCUCUCUCUGUGACACACACAAUGGUAUUUGCAGUCAGGUUAAGGCAAAAAAAAAAGAGAGAACAUGAUGCUCUAAAACAAACCGAAAUCAUUUAACAAAACCUUGUCCUGGCGAAAGCAUGUCUAUUGUCAUCUUGCAUCUAAAAAAAAGAAAUCAUUCAAGCAUCAGAAUCAAUUUUAACAACCAGAAAGAGUGAUUUUACAACCUAUAAGCAGUUAUAAAACGGCACCGAUACCCAACAUCCAACGAUGAACCUAUAAUACAAAGUCUUUGAAAUCAUCACAUGCCAUGUAGCCAACAUAAAUCUUUAAACUGAAGCGUUACACACUUGUCACAUACAGUAUUCCUCUGAAGCUCAUGUUAUGAAUGGCCCUUUGCCACAAUAGAUCAAAGCACGGACCACUGAGCUAUUGUGCGCGGCCACUAUUGAGGAUAUUCAUUUGGCUGAGAGUGUGUGUCAGAGCGGAGGGGAGUCUGCGGCUGAAUGCAUCAGGCUGGCACCUUGCUUGGCCCUGCGCUCCGUGAGAACAAUGCCUCCAUCUGGACGGGCAGCUCAGGAUGCGCUAUUGCAAGAGCGCUCAAAUUGAUUUCCUCCCAUUUGGAGAAUAGAGGUCAGGUUUAACAAGCAUUUAUGGGUUGAUUGAGGUAGAAGCCAUUUGUGGGUACGUGUUGUUUGGAGAAUCAUGAUCAUGAUGUAUAUGACAAAGAAAUGCUUUUUUGGAUGAGGUUUGGAAUUGGCCCCUCACUACUAAAAAUAAAGGUGCUACACGGUUCCAUAAAGGACAUUUAACAUAUUUCCAAAAGGUUCUUUGUAGUAAAAAAAAAGUAUGUAAACACAAAUAAAUGGUUAUUGUAACCUUUAACUAAAUGGUUCUUUGGGGAAGCAAAAAUGGUUCCUCUAGUCUUAAAAAUAAAGAUGCUUAAAAGGUUCUUCACAGCGAUGCCAUAGAACCAUUCUGUGAAACGUUCUUUAAAGAACCAUCUCUUUCUUACUUUUUUAUAAUCUAAAGAACCUUUUUUCGCCAGAAAGAACCUGUUGUGAAACAGGAACCAAAAGGUUCUUCAAUGGCAUAGAAGAACCUUUGGAAGCACAUUUUUUUUAAGAGUGCAUGGCAUUGCUGUGAAGAACCUUUUGAAGCACCUUUAUUUUUAAGAGUUGUCUCACUAGAGUGAACUCUAGAUUUAUAGCUUGAGCUCGUCUUAAACAUUACGUUUUUAGUUUAGUUAAGUAUGUUCAAUCUUCAUAUUUACAGAGAUUUAAGAGUCCUAUAGUCAUGAUGUAGUUUUGUGAGCCAAAACCUGGAACCAAGCACGUUUUAGCACUUACGGUUCCCUCGUCCUGAGGUCAUUGGGUGUUUUGAAUGGGGUUUUAGUUUAAAUGCCUGAAACAGAGUCUUUGGUUAACACAAGCUUUUUACCGUUUAAUUUUUUUAUGUUUUGUUCUACGACAUAACACACCAACAAUACAUCGCUUGUGAUUCUUUUUUUUACCCGUCUUGAAAAUGGUCAUCGUUAACAAGUUGCUACAUGGGACUGCAACCAUUGUUGUACUUAUAAAAAAAAGGGAUAGUUUACCCAAAAACGAAAAUUGUUUUAUCAUUUACUCACUCUCAUGUCAUUCUAAACCUGCAUGACUUUCAUUUUUCUGUAGAACACAAACAUUGACCCCAUUGACUUACAUAGUACGGACACAAAAGAGACAUUUCUUAAAAUAUCUUAUGUGUGUUCCACUGAAGAAAAAGUCAUACAGAUUUUGAAUGACAUGUGGGUGAAUAAAUUAUGAAUUUUUAUAUCUAGGGUGGACUUCUUUGACCUAACAAAUGAAAAAAGAGGGAGUGUUCAAGAAAACAAUUUGAUUAAGUUGGUUAUGUGUAGGGCUGAGGGCUUUAACAACAUUGUUCCCAUCACUGACCUCUCAUUCUAGAGGUAGGUUAGGGAUAGGCCCGUUGGAUAGUUGCCAAGAAUGGCCAUCAAAGCAUGUUGAAGCACCUUCUUGUCUUCAUAACACGCUGAGAUCUGGAUGACUACCCUGAGAACUGGAAUUUUCAUAGAUCAGUCAUCUAUCCUCAUCCUCCUUAGCUUUAAAGCACAGUAGAGCAGAGGAUACAUCCAGUCCUCCCCCAGAUCCCUGUGUCUUUUCAAUCUACUGUAUGACAAUAGCCUUCAGCUGCACCCGUAUUCGAGCGGCAUCUGACCGGGCUUUAGAGAUAAGCUCUGCUGGAUGAGGUCUUUAUCUGGGCCAGCUGCUUGCCAGGGAGGGAGGAGGGUGCAAAGGUCAUAUGUCAGUAAAUUAACAGACACUACAAGUUGCCGGUCCUAACCACGACGAAAUCCAGAAGACGCCGGUAACACGAUAACGGCAGAAAUUAGUAAGCCCUUGAGAAAGCAAGAGUGAUUUUUUUUGUCCACACUUCAUCGCACAUCUGGGUCUCCCUUUCAUUGCUCGUCUUUUGUCUGAGCCUGCGGCUGAGAAAUGCCUCUCUUUAUAAGGCCUAAUUAUUCCAUGACUAGUAAGAGCCUAAUUACUAGAGGAAUUAACGCUGCGUUCAUUGUGAUGUCGAAAGGCUUUCAAGCUACUGGAAUG